AUGCAGCGGACAGAGCCGGUACAGUGCUUCCUGGUUUCUGGUUGCUCUGCCAUCAAGGCAAGGAAGGUAAGGAUGGGAAACGACGUAACACAGUACCAGCACAACGGUGAUCGCGGAGGUUGCUCUACUUGCCGUUACGGGGGGGACAUCUUUCCUACCUACGAAACGCAUGACGAAAUGGCUGGAGGGCUGGGCUGGGCACGAGUGACUUUUGGUGCUUUUCUCUCUACUCGACUACCAUCGUGA